UUGAACAUAAAAAAUGCGAGUCUCGUUUCAGCGCAGUUUGGAGGAUAUCCUAAGCCACCAUUCGAUCCAUCACAAGGACACAACAGCAAUUUACCUGCGGGAAACAUGCAGAAUCAAUCUCAACCUAUGAAUUAUCAAGCGAGACAGUUCCCUCAAGCCCCCACAUCCACACCAUCAUCUCAGCAACCUCCUAGCGGACCUCCGACUGUGAAUGGAAUGCCUGGAGCGGGAGGUUAUCCACAACAGGCUCCGACGAAUGGCUUUGCACCACACUCGACUGCCAACUUCCAAACUCCACAACAAACAGCAUCUGCAACCUCCCAAGCAAAUGGCCCUGCAUUUUGUUAUCUUUACUUACUAUUUGCAGUUAUGACAAAUCAGUCUCAUAUUGGACCUCCCAGUAUGCCUGGAGGAUUUCCGCCCGGUCCACCAGGAUCCGGUCCUCGUGGUUUGCCUGGUUCUGGUCCUGGAGCCCCCGGAGCACCUGGAGCCCCUCAAGCUGCAACUCCUGGGAUGCCCAAUUUCGGCCAACUUGGAAAACCAAGUGCUGGUCCUCCUGGUAUGCCUGGUAUGCCUGGUACUGGACAGCCAGGUAUGUCCGGUGGAAUCCCAGGUGCUGCCCCACCUGGUAUGCUUGGAGCUGGCCCACCUGGCAUGCCAGGGUUUCCACAGGGACCUGGUAUUCCUCCUGGUGGUCCCUCAAUGCAAUCUCGUCAACCACAACCUCAGCCGCAGCAGCGACUCGAUCCAAACAUGAUGCCAAGUGCGGUAGGGCAAGUAAUGGAGAUCGAUUCUGCGCAAGCUGGGCAAUUUCCGACAGGGUACCCUCAUGCAAAUCCUCCUCCACUUGUCUCCACAGACUUUUAUGCCGUCGACCAAGGAAACUGCUCUCCAAGACUAAUGAGGUCCACAAUGUACAUGGCACCUGCUUCGAACGACUUGCUUAAAAGUUCGCAGAUUCCGUUUGCUGUAGCUUGUUCACCGUUUGCAACGCUUCAUCCGCAAGAGCGUCCUGCCCCAAUCAUUGAUCUUGGACCAGGCGGACCUGUUCGUUGUCAGCGUUGUAAAGCCUAUAUGUGCCCCUUCAUGGAGUUCCAAGAUGGUGGUCGUCGUUUCCGCUGCCCUUUUUGUCAUGCAUCCACCCCAGUGGAAGACGUCUAUUUCGCGCACCUUGACCACACAGGCCGUCGUACUGAUAUCGAUCAUCGUCCUGAGUUGUUCUUAGGAGCUUACGAAUUCAUUGCUACCAAGCAAUAUUGUAAGAAUGGCUUGCCUCCGAAGGAACCAGCAUUCAUUUUCAUGAUUGAUGUCUCCUAUAACGCAAUACAAAAUGGCAUGCUGCAUGUGGUUUGUUCAAAUCUGGAGAGGAUCCUGCAUCGUUUGCCUAAAGAGCUCGGAGCAUCUGAAUCGGUCAUACAUGUGGGACUUGCUACCUUCGAUCAAGUUGUGCAUUUCUUCGACUUGUCUGCUGCUCAACCUUCUAUGAUGGUAGUAGGCGAUGUUGAGGACAUGUUUGUCCCCAUUGUGGAUGGCCUCCUCAUGCCGUAUCCGCAAGCAGUGCAAGCGAUCCGAGCUGCACUAGCAGAAAUUCCACGUCUUUUCGCAUCGUCUAGAAUGACGGAAACAAUCCUGGGACCUGUUGUGCAAGCUGGACUCGACGCUCUGCAGUGUGCCGACCGUGCUGGCAAGCUGUUCGUCUUCUCCACAUCACUGCCUACCGUCGAAGCUCCGGGAAAGUUGAAGACAAGAAAUGAAAGAAAUUUACUAGGCACUGAUAAAGAGAAGACUGCUCUAGCACCGCAAGGAGAGUUUUACACGAAGCUUGGAGAGCAGUGUGUCAAAGCGGGUGUGACUGUGGACCUUUUCCUCUUCCCAAAUUCGUUUGUGGACGUUGCCUCAGUUGCUCAGCUUUCGGCGGUAACUGGUGGAAAUGUCUACAAGUAUCAGUACUUUGUGGCAGACAAAGACGCUCCCCGAUUUCUGGCUGACCUCACGAACGACGUAUCUCGUCAGAUUGCAUUUGAUUGCAUGGCGAGGGUGCGAUCCAGUGCGGGCAUUCGCCCCGUCAUCUUCCAAGGUUCCUUUUACAUGGAGAAUACAACAGAUUUGGAAAUGGCGUCAAUAGAUGAAGAUAAAACAUUCUUCGCUGAGCUUAAACACGACGACAAGCUUUCUGACCAGAAUGCAAUUAUACAGUGUGCGGUUCUUUUCACGUCCGUAAGUGGACAGCGUCGCCUGAGGAUCCUGAACCUGUGUCUCCCCGUGUCAUCCGAUUACAAUCAGCUGUACCGAGUAGCAGAUCAGGGAGCCCUCGUCUCAUAUCUGCUUAAAAAUGCCGUACAAAUAAAUCGUGAAAAAGGUCAAAAAGAGAUGAAAGAACAGAUUUUCCAACGAUGUGCUCAGAUACUUGCAACAUACAGGGAGAAAGUCAGUGAGUCCGCGCCUCUUGGUCAGUUGAUAUUACCCGAAACCUUGAAGCUCCUGCCUCUCUUUGUCAACUCCAUUGUCAAAAAUGAUGCCAUCAAUGGAGGUAGUGAAAUGACAGUGGAUGAUAAAGUCUGGAUGAUUGAACUGAUUCGUGGAAUGCGGAUAGAUCACACCAUGUUGCUGCUGUAUCCAAAGAUUGCACCCGUUGAUCACUUGGAACUGCAAGAUCCUCAAGAAAUCACUUCCAUUGCGAGCAGUGUUAGGGCUAGCUACGACAAUCUUUCUAACACAAAGGCUUACUUGAUCGAUAACGGAAUUGUUCUUUUCCUGUGGAUUGGUCUAGGUGUUGCUGAAUCUUGGAUUCAAGAUAUAUUUGGGGUUAACAGCGUCGCUAUGCUUGAUACGGAGAAUGUAAGUGCUCAGAUUCCCGAGAAAGACAAUCCGCGCUCUAGAGGUCUUCGCCGAGCGGUUGAACUACUUCAAGAGGUUGGCCCACGAAAGAGAAAGUUGUUUGUUAUCCGAGAGAAAGAUGCACUAGAACCAUGGAUGAAGAAGUUCCUUGUAGAGGAUCGCUCCGGACCAAAUGUCAUGUCUUAUGUGGACUUCCUGUGCUAUAUCCACCGUGAGAUUAGAAAUAUACUCACUUGA